UAAUAUUACUGAAACACUAAAAAAUCCUCCCGGGUAGCUGUCCCUCGAACCAAGUCAAGAUCUAAAUGUGGCCCAGUGUUUACAGAGUGUGUCCGCAUGCUUUCCGCAAACACUGUUAUCUUCAUCCACAACAAAAGCCACGGCAAACACGAGAUUAAACGAGCCCCGAGAAACGCAACGCUCCUUCCGCGUCCGUUUAAUUCCUGCGCGUAAUUCGGUGCUUCCAGAGCGCUCCAGCUGCUCGGGGUCGCAUCCAGAUGUGUGUGUGUGUUUUUCUUUACGGUGAGACGACGAGCUCUCGGAGGCAGCUCUGAACCAAUCGCCACCGCCCGGGGGCGGGUCGUGUGUGUGUGAACUGUUGUGGGUAUGGAAAAUGGACAAUUUAUCGCGCACAUUCAUCACUGAGCAUCCCGACGGGGGAGACCUGCGACUGCACCUCGGAUUGAUUCGCAAAUGUCCGGCCGUGGCGUGAAAAGGAAAAUCACCAAAGAGGAGGAAGAGGAGGAGGAGGAGGGGGAGAAGAGGAGCGCGGUUCGCCACCCGGAGGGGCCCUGCAGACAGCAGUCGCGCCAGGCGUCAUGAGGCGGCAAGCUUGGCCCGCGAGAGCGGAGAGAUCGCCCUUCAUCACUCUCAGCCACGCCGGACAGCGGAAGAAAUGCACACAGCGGAAGCAGCGGCGCAUGCCACAGCGGAGGCAGGCCAACGCGCGCAUCUGAGGAGAGUACAGUAACUCGGAUUGCGUCAUCCUAAAUGGCAGAGUGGACCGGGCCACACUCAGAGGCAGUGAUGUCCUUGUUAACGCAUUGUCCCCCGUUAGAAGCUCCUUGUUAGAAGUCACAAGCCAGUCCCGUAACCCCUGUGAAGCUACGGAGCUGAGGGGCAGAGCAGACGAAUAACAGAGGACGAUAAAGAGACAGAGAGACAGAGUGGAAAAAAGAGACUGUGACGGGCCCCCAUGCAGGCACGUAAGAAGUAUGUUUUGCUGGGCUUGUGUGCGUGCUGCUGGCUGGUCCUCUUUUACUGGGGCGGAGGAGUCCAGCUGCGUCUGCUCCGGCUGCUGACACGCCACAGGGGCGAGGUGGUGCGCCCCUGGCCCAACUGGACGGACCGGGCCUUCUUGCCCCGCUACGCCCACCUGGAUGAGCUCCAGACGGACCCGGGGACGGCCGAGUCGCCCCGGCAGCGGCGCCAGGCGUGGUCAGCCAUCUACAAAGACAGCCGCUGCAGGAUGGAGACCUGUUUCGACUUCUCCCGGUGCCGCCGCAGAGGGAGGGAAGGCUUCAGAGUGUACAUAUACCCGUCGGAGAAAAACGACCGCGUUUCGGAAAGCUACAGGAAGAUCCUGACGUCCAUAGGCGAGUCGCGGUACUACACGUCCGACCCCCGCGAGGCGUGCCUGUUCGUGCUCGGCAUAGACACCUUAGAUCGGGACCAGCUGUCAGGACAGUUCGUGCCCAACGUGGACGAGCGCAUCCGAGGUUACCCGCUGUGGAAUGACGGGCGCAACCACCUGAUCUUCAACCUGUAUUCGGGCACGUGGCCAAACUACACAGAGGACCUGGGCUUCAACAUCGGCCAGGCCAUCUUGGCCAAAGCCAGCCUCAACACGGAGCACUUCAGGCCAGGCUUCGACGUCUCCAUCCCGCUCUUCUCCAAGGAUCACCCCCAGAAGGGCGGGGAGCGGGGCUGGCUGGUGAGGAACACCACGCCGCCGCGGAGGAAGUACCUGCUGAUGUUCAAGGGGAAGCGGUACCUGACGGGCAUCGGCUCGGACACGAGGAACGCCCUCCACCACAUCCACAACGGGAAGGACAUCGUGUCGCUGACGACGUGCCGCCACGGCAAGGACUGGGAGAAGCACAAAGACGCCCGCUGCGACCAUGACAACCUGGAGUAUGAGAGGUUUGACUACCAGGAGCUCCUCCACAACUCCACCUUCUGUUUGGUGCCUCGGGGCCGACGCUUGGGAUCUUUCCGCUUCCUAGAAUCACUGCAGGCGGCGUGCAUCCCGGUGCUGCUGAGUAAUGGCUGGGAGUUGCCAUUUUCUGACGUCAUACAGUGGAACCAGGCGGUCAUUGAGGGAGACGAGAGAUUACUACUCCAGGUGCCAUCUACGGUGAGAGCAGUAGGAAAUGAGAGAGUCCUGGCCCUCAGACAAAGGACCCAGAUGUUGUGGGACGCCUACUUUUCCUCUGUGGACAAGAUAGUCCUCACCACGCUGGAGAUCAUUAAGGACCGAGUGUUUUCUCACAUAUCAAGGAACAAGUACAUGUGGAACUCCUUGCCGGGAGGUCUGCUCGUCCUACCGGAGUACUCCACUCACCUUGCACAUUUCCCUUUCUACUACCUUGGGCUAGGGGUCAGUCCGGGUCAAGAAUUCACCGCUGUCAUCCAUGCCGUCUCUCCGUUGGUUUCACAGUCUCAGCCGAUCAUGAAGCUACUUCAGGUGGUCUCCAAGUCAAAGUACUGCUCACAGAUCAUCAUUCUGUGGAACAGCGAGAAGGCGCCACCCAAUCGGAGCAAGUGGCCUCCCAUGCCCGUCCCCCUCACUGUGACAGACGGCAGGAGGAAGACCACCAGUCGGUUUCUACCUCACGUUGCCAUAGAGACAGAAGCAGUGCUGAGCCUGGACGAGGAUACGGUCCUGCUGACCAGUGAGGUCAACUUUGCCUUCUUGGUGUGGCGGAGCUUCCCUGAGCGGAUUGUAGGCUACCCUCCCAGGAGCCAUUUCUGGGAUCCCCUAAAGCGUGCCUGGGGCUACACCUCUAAGUGGACCAACGACUACUCUAUCGUCCUGACUGGAGCUGCCUUUUACCACAGGUACUACCACUACCUGUUCUCCCACUACCUGCCCCAGUCUCUGAGGGCUCUGGUGGACCGCACGUCCAACUGCGAGGACAUCCUGAUGAACUUCCUGGUCUCUGCCGUGACUCACCUGCCGCCGAUCAAAGUGGCUCAAAGGAAGCAGUACAAGGAGCUGCCCGGUCCACAGGGCACCAAGAGCGUCCCCUGGGCCAACCCGGAGCACUUCAAUCAGAGGCAGGAGUGUGUCAACACUUUCGCCAACUGGUUUGGCUACAUGCCUCUAGUCCACUCCCAGUUUCGCCUGGACCCCGUGCUCUUCAAAGAUCAAGUGUCCGUCCUCCGAAAGAAGUACAAAGACCUGGAGAGGGCAUAAGGAGUACGGGCAUCUCGUCUAGUGGCCUUUCGGACACACAAGUGAACCAAUGAGUUGAGGACUGACUGUGUCCACGGUGGCAGCGGGGUCCAUUUGUGACAUGGACAAAGUACAAUCAUCAAACGGACCCUGGUGGUCUGUCCUGGACUAUCUCCAUAUGAAUAUGAAGACAUAUAAGGGGGUCUGUAAAGGUUUGAAAAGAGCUUCAAAUGAUUCUCAUGGACCUCCAUGAGUCUGGUAAGACAGCAGAGGAGGAAAUGCCUCGAACCGGCCUCUCACUGAGAAAGGACAAUCUCUGUUGGACGGCAUAAUGAAAAGAUGUCACUUCUACCGCAGUGACAAUGAGGAGGGACAGACUAUCUCCUGCCAGGAGCACCCAUGGGACUGGCACUGGUGCCAUGCACUCUGGCUGUCGAUGAGAGUCUCAGCAUUACUGUGUGGGGACCGUUGCCAAGGAAACAGAUCAUUUCACCCCCAAAAACGCUAACUGUAAAACCAAUAAAAUGAUUUCUAAAUGCAAGCUCCACUGUGGUGGCUCUGCAGAAAUGGUCCAAAUGGUUUCUGUUUUCCUAGCAGCUCCGGCCAAACAAAGCAAAAAAAACAGACGCUUUCGACCCCCGAGUCACAUUUUAAGAUACAGGAAACGUAUCAGUGUCAGCGAAAGGCACGUGAUGCUGAAAGCAACUGACCGCAAUUGUAUUCUUUAUCUCUAAAUGCUCUGGGAAGUCAACAAGGAAUAAUCUCAUCCUCAUUCCUGAGAAAAGGAGUGUCUCAUCUCGAUUACAUGCUCUUGGAAAACUGGAAAAAAAAAGAAAAAAAGUGUAGAUUUAGUGGUUCAAAAAGAGACCAGACUUGAGACCUGUACGUGAAUGUGGUGUACAAUGAACACACUUUGUCUAGAACAUCCAGUGCCGCACGCAACGGUCAUUUGACGAUGUCAU